AUGAGAUAUCUCUUGUACAAUCAUCUGAAUGAGUUGAUGAACGUGGACAAAAGCCGUCUAUCUGCAAAACCUGAUGAGUCAAAAGAAGCUGUUGAGUCAGAGGAACCUGUUGAGUCAGAAGAACCUGUAGAACCUGUUGAGUCAGAAGAACCUGUAGAACCUGUUGAGUCAGAAGAAACUGAUACUGAAACUUCCAGCGAUCCUGAUUGUACGAAGAAUGACCCUGAGUAUGUCCCAAGUUCGAGUGACUCUGAAGCAAUGAAGAUUGAAGGACCUGAGUACGUCUCAAGCUCAAGUGAUACUGACCCAAGUUCGAGUAGUUCGAGUGAUUCCGUUGUCAGCAUGAAUAUUGAGUAUGACCCAAGCUCGAGUGGUUCUUCCCCAAGCUCGAGUGAUGCCACCUAUGUUACUUUCACUAUGAGUAGUAUGAUUAAUUAG